AUGACAGCUUUAGAAUUUGAGGUAAACCCGGAGGUUUCUCUAAAAAAUGAACAGGUUGAACUGAUCUUGGGCGCUCCAAUUAAUCAAGUACUAGUCGCCAUUCGACAAGCUUCUAAAGUCAUAAAAAACGUAGAAUUGGUUUACUGCAAUAAGGUAAUAUUAUGUUUAUUUUACUAUUUUUUAUAGGAGCCCUUUAAUCGCCAUAUAACCGUAUUAAUGAAGGAUGAUGGAAUUCGAUUGUUGUUUGAUGCAUAUUCGCAACUACUAAAGGUAUCAUUAAAUCACCUUAUUUUUAACUUAAUUUAGCUUAUCGAAGUUUACGACUUCAAAAACAUAAAUUUAAGAUAUGGGUAAGUAGAUUUAACGAUUUUGUAACGGUCGUUUUUAGAAAUACCACGUUUUCUACACCUCAAAGUCCUGCAGAUGUGGCAAAAGUGGAGAAUUGUUUUGGUGCAACCCAUCCGGGAGUAUAUGACGAGAAACAAAAGACCUAUCUUCUCCAUUGGAGAGGGGUUUCUUUUAGUUUCCCAGCCAAGGAACCGUCGACAGUUCAACCUGCGUAUGCUCAUGGACUAAGUUCUCUCAACUUUUCUUCAUUACCACUACUCGAAAAAAUGGAAAUCUAUUGUGGAAAUACUCCGAGUGAAAUAAAGUAGGUUAAUAUCCAAAGUUAACCGUCAUUUUUAGGCUUGCUGAGACCCCAGUCUCUGUGCAUUGCGGAAAUGUUUUCGCUCACAAAGUUACAUCCAUCUUCCAUGGAAAUGAAAUCUACGGAAUAAAACUGAACAUCAGUGGAGAUGGUAGAUGAGUGUUAUUGUAAAAAAUUAAUACUUUAGAUAACAAAAUGGAGAUUCGGAAGAGUACCAGCCUCCCAAAGACUGAGAAAACAAUUAUCUUCGGGGAUUCGGAGGAGGUAUGUCCAGACAAUUCAUAAAAGACGAUUGGUUUCAGAAAGUUUUGGCUUCAUUAGGAGCUCCGUCACGGGUAUUUUAUAAGUCAGAUGAGAAGAUGCUGAUCCAGAAAGGAUUGGAUUCCAAGAAAUUAGGCGAUGGGGAGAGCACCGAUAUCUUCUUCAACUACUUCUCUUUGGGUUUGGUGAGUAUCUUUUAA